GUGGGCUGGUUUACACAGUGAAUAUAUCAUAGCCUCACACUUUCCUAUUCAGGAAAAAUGACUUUCCUUUAGAGGCAUUCACUUCUUCCUUUUCAUUUUUGACUGACUUAUAUUCACUCCUUUUUACUCUCUCACUUGUUUGAUGCUAUUCACUGUCAAAAGUCACUCAUUUUCACAGAAAGCCAGGGUAUUGAAAGCCCUCAUCACCCAGCAAUCUCCUUUUUUCCACAACAUCUUCUGCUCUCUACCCCCUUUCCCCAGCUUCAUCGGCAGCCUACUAUAUGCUCAAGUCAAGCUCAAGAAACAUGCACUUGAAGCUCGCCUUCAUCCUGCUGCUCGCCCUCGUGGCCGAGUCAGCCUUUGCCCGUCUCCAGGGCCAUCAUCGUCGCCUCGUCCAUGGCAAGCACCCCGCUAUCAAGAACGACAACGACAACGACAGCAUCGGCUUUGGCUUUUCUCUUGAGCCUCGUGCUCUUAUCGACGUCAACGAAAAUACUAUCGGUAUCGGUCCUCUCACUGCUACGCUCGACAUCCUCCCUGGUGCAACUCUCGCUCCGACCAACGAUGACCCUCCCGAUGGCCCUCACGGAGAUCCUCACGAUGGUCCUUCCCCUCACGGCGGUCACCACGGAGGUCAUUCCCAUGGUCACCGCCCUCACGGUCACCAUCCCCAUGGCGGUCAUCCCCACGGCGGCUAUCCCCACGGCCACGAUAACGAGCCCAGCCCGCACCCCAUCAAAGCAACCGCAGCCUGGGACCAAACCCCUUCCGACGGCCAAUUUACCUGGGACGGUUUUGGCGGACGCACGCAGUCCCAAGGCGAUGACGUCGGCUACAAAGGCAACGUUGGCGACCCGUGGGGUAGCAACAUCAUCCUCCUCGACUCCGAAACCGACGCCCCGAACUACAAAUACGUCGCGCAACUGCACGGUCCCAAAGACGCCAACGCAGAGUCCUGGAAAGUAGUCUUCUGGAAUAAGAUCGGCCCAGAUGGGAAGAUGUCUGGCUGGUAUCAGCACUCUGCACUUGAAUUUGAUAUGCUCCCCAAUGAGAUCAAAUACGUUGCGUUCGACGAGGACUCGCAGGGUGGGUUUGGCGCUGCACCCGGGGAUCAUCUUCCUACCGAUCAAUGGGGCGGGUGGUCUAGUACCUGGGGCGAGUUUGACUUUGGUGACGUGAAAAAUCAUGCUAUGUCUGGGUGGGAUGUAUCGUGUAUUCAGGCGCAGAAUGCAGGGCAGGAGGUGCAGGGAAUGAGGAUGUGUUUGUCGAAUGGGGACAAGUGUUCUACUAUCACAACGGGUGCGAAGAAGGUUGAGAAUGCGUAUCCGAGUGAUAAGGCUGGAGUUGAUGGUUUUGGUGGUGUUGUUGGGGCUGGGGCUGUUCGGAUCGUGGUUGAGCUGGACUAUGAUCAGUAGGGGGGUUUGGUUGUACUUAUAAGCCUUUCUGGAUCUGGAUCUGGCCACAUUGAAGGGGAAGUAAAUAGUCACGAUAAAUGAAAGCCUUAUUAUUUUCACC